AUAACCGAGAUUGCGUCUCCCUUCACUUCCGCCCCGUCGCCCCGGGAACCGGAAAUCCGGCUGCCCCGGGUCACGUGUCCCUCCGCCAUCUUGGCUCUGCUGGCAGCAGCAGCCAGGAGGGGGGGUGCUGGAGCAGAGCUGGGUCUCUGGACGUAGUUUUCAUCCUGGGGGAAGGGGCCGUGGAGUUUGAGAGGCUGUGGAAGAGAUGGCGGCCUCGGCGCGGGAAGAUGGCGGCCGCGGGCAGGAGCACGGACGGCGGGGCUGCGAGCACUAUGACAGAGGAUGCCUCCUGAAGGCACCUUGCUGUGACAAGCUUUAUACUUGCCGGUUGUGUCAUGAUAGCAAUGAAGAUCAUCAGCUAGAUCGCUUUAAAGUAAAGGAAGUGCAGUGCAUAAACUGUGAAAAAAUUCAACAUGCACAACAGAUCUGUGAAGAAUGUAGCACAUUGUUUGGAGAAUAUUAUUGCAGUAUAUGCCAUCUCUUUGACAAAGAUAAGAAACAGUAUCAUUGUGAAAACUGUGGAAUUUGUAGGAUUGGUCCAAAGGAAGAUUUUUUCCACUGUUUGAAAUGUAACUUAUGCCUAGCAAUGAAUCUCCAAGGAAAGCACAAGUGUAUUGAAAAUGUUUCCCGGCAGAAUUGUCCAAUAUGUUUGGAGGACAUUCAUACAUCCCGUAUUGUUGCUCACGUCUUGCCAUGUGGACAUCUUUUACAUAGAACAUGUUAUGAAGAAAUGUUGAAAGAAGGCUACAGAUGUCCAUUAUGUAUGCACUCUGCUUUAGAUAUGACUAGGUACUGGAGACAGCUGGAUGAUGAGGUAGCACAGACUCCUAUGCCAUCAGAGUAUCAGAACAUGACUGUGGAUGGGAGUCUCUGCCCUGGAGAAGGGACCAGUGAGACCUAAACACUGCAGUUGCUGAGGGCAAGGCCAGAGCCAAGCAAGGGCUUAGCCACCCAUGGACAAUGGCUUUUUCCCAAAUCUCACCACUCAUGUGCAGUGACUCCCAAAUCCAACCAUUAUCAGGUAAGUCCCUCUGAUGGGGUGGGAUGAAUGGGGAAGCCAUGGAAAGAAGGAUGGAGACUUUCCUAGUACUUUUAAAGGAGUCAGAAUUGAUGACAUGAGGAAAGAAUAUGGAAAAAUUCCUGUUCCAGAGACCCUGAAACAGCCUCAUUGUCCUGGUAUCCAUUGGAUGGAAGGUGAUCUCAAUCUGACCACACCCUGUGGGCCAAUGGAACUUGGAGAGGAUAAGAUAAAUAAUCUUUUCCUGAUAGAGACUCUAAAAUUGGCCUGACCGCCAGGGGUGAUGAGCUGUGACACCAGGCAAGACCUGCCUUCCACUGUCAUCUUGAGAGUGAGGCAGUGCUGGCUCAAGUAAGUCUACACCUUUUUUUUUUUUUUUUUUAAAUCAAAGCAUAUUGAUAUUGUAGGCAAAGAGCAGUUUUAGAAUUUAUCUCCUUUGACCUUUUGCUUUAGAACUGAAAGACCAUGUAGUUCAGUCCACUCUGAUUUUGCUUGAUCAUCAGAAGACCAGCAAACUUCAAUUUAAUUGUCCGAGCUUUCUUUGAAGACCUUCAAAGGAAGCUUCUUAUUAUUUUCUGCACCAUUAUCUCUCAGAGGCUCCAUGUAAUGCACACACCUUGGAGGCAGGAAUAUAUAGGGUUGUCCUAUUUGACAAACAUGUACCCAAGACUACAGAUCUAGAGAGGAUCUGAAUCGGGAGAAGGGAGGCAUGAGGAAUAUGUGAGAAGGAUGGGAAACAUGGAGGAGUAAACAGAAGCAGUAUCUUCUCUAAGCUGUGCUUCCCAACACCAUAGCUGGGCAUUGCGUUCCAGGUGUACUUGUAUAUCCAAAUAUUUGGGCUCUCAGGCUAGCCUAAAGUUUUGAGGGAGGGGCCAGAAAGAAGUCUAGAGUUGCCCGUGUCAUGACUUGUAUAUUGCAUGAGCAGUGUAUAAUAGAAAUGGCUUGGAAUUUGUUUUUGUUUUUUUGUUUUUUUUGUUUUUUUGUCUUUUUGCCUUUUUUUUUCUAGGGCAGCUCCUGUGGCACAUAGAGGUUCCCAGUCUAGGGGUCUAAUCGGAGCUGUAGCCGCCGGCCUACGCCAGAGCCACAGCAACGCAGGAUCUGAGCUAUGUCUGUGACCUACACCACAGCUCAUGGAAACGCCAGAUCCUUAACCCACUGAGCAAGGCCAGGGAUCGAACCCACAAUUUCAUGGUUCCUGGUCGGAUUCAUUUCCGCUGAGCCAUGACAGGAAUUCCAGAAAUGGCUUGGACUUUGAAAGCAGAGAGAAAUUCAUAUUCAGUUGAUUUAACAUGUUACCUGAGUCAGUCUUAACUUCCUGUUAUUCUUUGUGAAAGAGGGUCAGUAGUGAUGGCCUCAUAGGGCUUGUGUGGUGAGGCUUGAAUAAGAUAAAGUGUAAAGCAAUAAGAAUAGUGUCUAUGUAUUUGGCCUUGGGUAGACAUCAAGCCUCACACCCGCCCUGCUGCAGCAUUGAGGUGAUCUCUAGUGUGCUCCCAGUGACCUGUACCAGUGUCCCCAAGUCUCCCAUGACUGGAAAUGAGUCCAGGCCUUAACAUCAUGGGUGCUGGCUGAGGAGGGCUUGGGAGUCGGCCAAGGGACAAAUGGCCUCAAGUGGAUUGGGCCUUGCUCCUUGCUAUGCCUAGAAGGCCUCGUAGACAUGAGGUUCUUCUCGCACAGGAAUGUGGUCCUGUUCCCUUCAGCCCUCAGCCCAGAGCUCUGCGACUCCUUGACCUCCCUCCCACCUUGCCCCAGACCUGUUGGACUCAUUUUUCCCUGGAGGAGGGUAGGAAUGGGAGCUCUGUCUUUUACAGGGAAAGGUUUUUCCCUUCCUUUCCCCCAUGCAGGUUUCACUUGACAAGUGAACUAGUCUUCAAAUCUGGAACCUUCUGAGUGACUGCUCAGCCGAUUCAUUGGUUGGUGGAUGAAUCAGUCCGGUUGUGUAGGCCUUGAACUUGUCAUAGGGGGUAUCCAUUCUCUUUGUAAAAGCAACUGAUGGAUUUUAGUGAGGUUGUGAUAAGGGACAUAACUUGUGCAGUCAUUGUAAUACAUUUUGAUUUCUCAGAAGAACAGAAUUGUUCCUAAAUUUAGAAGGGAAAGAAUCUUCUAAACCUCAGAACCGUUUUAUUGUGGAUGGGAGACUACGACUACAUACUUCCUCCGUCCGCUGCUUAGCAUGGGGAGAGUAAUUUUCCUGGCAGUCAGUUUUCUUUUAGGUAAGAGCAAUAAUACCAAAUAAUAAUUCUUGAUACAUUUAAAGAAACAGCCCCUCCGCCCUAAAUAAUCAUAGUUCUUUCUUUGGUGGUAGAGCAGAGUGGUUAAGGACAUAGACUCGAGACAGAUGGCUAGGGUUUGGAUCCUGGCUCUGCCAUUUACUUGCUGUGUGACCCUGGGCAACUUGUGUAUGGGUCAUUUGUGGAGAUUUCUUUACUUAGGUAAAGGGUUUGGACCAAGAUAGCAAUAUUACAUGAUGUCUCUGAUAUCUGCUGUCCCCUGAGUCUCUACCUGGCUCUCCCUUUCUUACUGCCAUUCUCCUACACAUACGGAUUCGAUUUUCAUUCUCUUCCUUUACUCUGUUGCCCAAAUGAAGCCCUAUUAACUUUCGUCCCCUCACUGAUGUAUGCUUUCAUAUCUGGAUAAAGUGAUUGGCAGCCUAUGGUACAAGGAUGCUAAAGAAUCCUGCAGGAUACUUUAAUCCCAGAGUACCUUAAACUUUGUUUCCUGACAGCAGAGGGUGCCACAGUGUUUCUGGUGACAGGAAUGUUUUUGUGCAGAAUGAUUUUUUCCUACCUAGUUCUUUAAGAGCUUUCCCAGGAUACUAACAUAGAGGGCUUUUAUUGCCUAUUAUAUAAUAAUGACACAAGCCAACAGCAAAAUGCACAGUCUUUGAACGGUUAAAAUUUAAUCAAGCAUGUCUCUUAGCACCAUAUUUCAUAUCUGCCUGUUUGCAUUCUGUGGUCCAGGUUUGGAAAGAGAGUAUUUUUCAGAGUAUAUGGCCAGUGUUCUCUGCUGUGAUGUGCUUAUAUAUUUAGGAAUGGGCGAGGGAGGAGGGAGGAGGAAUGGUGAGUGGUAGGGAGUGGAGGCAGAAGUCUGGGAGCAGGCAGCACCAGUGCUGGAAUGAUGUAAAUUUUGGUGCCAAGGGGAGUCUGUGAGCUGAGUAGGGCCAGAUGGAUGAUAGUUCUAAGCGGAAAAGUGCUGUUUGGCUUGUUGAUAAAUGGGAAGUGGUCAGAGCCAGAGAAACAUGUGCGGGCCAAGGAGGAGCCAGUGUGGCAGAGUGAAUUUUCUGAGAUGGGUGCAGCAAGAUGAUCAUCCCAUGCACCCACCUUCCAGCGUGACAUUGACACUUUCUUCAUCAAGACACGGCACCUGCUUUUCUCCCCUUGAAUGCGUGUGGCCAGUGACUGGCUGAAGUGAGGUUUCCUAAACCAGGUCAUAAAGGUGAUAGACUGGCUACCUGGGAUAUGAUUGGGAUGCUAGCAUUUGGAACUUCAUCACCAUGCUAGGAGGAAACCCAGGUCACAUGCAGAGCCCACGUGUAGGUAUUCUGGCUGACGGCCUCAGCUGACAUCCCAACAGCCCGCAUUGAUUGCCAGAUUUAGGGCUGAGGAAACCUUCUGAUUGUGACUAUGUGACAGUCUGUGAGUGAGAACAGCCCAGCUCAACCGAGUCAACCCACAGAAUCAUGAGAGAUAAUAGAACAUGAUUGCUGUUGUUUGAAUUCACCAAGUUUUGGGGUGAUUUGUUACGCAACAAUAGUAACUGAAAUAUGAAGUUAAGUCCAUUAGCCAGAGGGUCUGGGAUAAGAGAGUUAAGUUGAGCCUGAAUUUCCAAAGUAAAAGCUGAAAGUAGUUUGACUCUAGAAGAAGGGUGGAGGUGGAGGAUGCGGCGUUAGUCAGGGGAGUCUGUAAUGAGGCGGGGCUGCUCAGAGUUCUCACAAGGGGGACUGCUUAUUACUAUCGCUCUUCUUAGCAAUAAGCCCAGGCGCAGCCUCUUCUAAUCCCCUAACUUUUUGUCGUGAAAAUGUUGAAGGUGCAAAAGUGGAGUAACUAAUACAGUGAACCCCAUAUUCAGCAUGAUCAACUCAUGGCCACAUUAUACUGUUAAUCAUUUUUCCCUUUCACAUUAUUUUGAAGCAAAUCUUGGUCAUAACAUGUUGUCCCUACAUAUUUUGGUUCCUAAGAUGAGGACUGUUUAAAAAAUGUAACCACAAUAUUAUUAGCACACCUAAAGCCAGGAAGAAAUGAACAAUUGUGUCUAUAUCUAUCAACUUUGUGUGUUUAAAUCAGAAUCUGAAAGACAACUUUCAGAAUGGGAGAAAAUAGUUUCAAAUGAUGCAACCGGCAAGGGCUUAAUCUCUAGAAUAUAUAAACAACUUAUACAACCCAACAGCAAAAAAGCCAAUCAAUCAAUGGAAAAAUGGGCAAAAGACCUGAAUAGACAUUUCUCCAAGGAAGAUAUACAGAUGGCCAGCAAACAUAUGAAAAAAUGCUCAACAUCGUUGAUUAUAAGAGAAAGACAAAUCAAAACUACAAUGAGAUACCACCUCACACCAGUCAGAAUGGCCAUCAUUAAUAAAUCCACAAAUAACAAGUGCUGGAGGGGUUGUGGAGAAAAGGGAACCCUCCUGCAUUGCUGGUGGGAAUGUAAACUGGUACAGCCACUAUGGAGAACUGUUUGGAGAUACCUUAGAAAUCUAUAUAUAGAACUUCCAUAUGACCCCACAGUCCUACUCUUGGGCAUAUAUCCGGACAAAGCUCUACUUAAAAGAGACACAUGCACCCACAUGUUCAUUGCAGCACUAUUCACAAUAGCCAGGACAUGGAAACACCCAAAUGUCCAUCAACAGAUGAUUGGAUUUGGAAGACAUGGUAUAUAUACACAAUGGAAUACUACUCAGCCAUAAAAAAGAACGACAUAAUGCCAUUUGCAGCAACAUGGAUGGAACUAGAGAAUCUCAUCCUGAGUGAAAUGAGCCAGAAAGACAAAGACAAAUACCAUAUGAUAUCACUUACAACUGCAAUCUAAUAUCCAGCGCAAAUGAACAUCUCUUCAGAAAAGAAAAUCAUGGACUUGGAGAAAAGACUUGUGGCUGCCUGAUGGGAGGGGGAGGGAGUGGGAGGGAUCAGGAGCUUGGGCUUAGCAGAUACAACUUAGAAUAGAUUUACAAGGAGAUCCUGCUGAGUAGCAUUGAGAACUUUGUCUAGAUACUCAUGUUGCAACAGAACAAAGGGUGGGGAAAAAAAUGUAAUUGUAAUGUAUACAUGUAAGAAUAACUUGAUCCCCUUGCUGUACAGUGGGGAAAAAAAAAAGAAUCUGGAUAAUAUCAAUACCAGUACUGUCAUAAAUAAUUUAAAAGAAUUAUAAUUUAGAAAGUAAAAAUAAAAUUAAUAUGUUUUAUUUCAUCUGGAAGCUUGA